UUCUUCUCCUCCUCUGCCGACCGAAGCCCCCCAAGCCACCGACUUUCUUCCCCCUUGAAAAACCCGGUGAGAUCUUGAUGAAUUUCUCUUCCUUUCUUGUUAAAUCACAAGAUUUGGGGCUUAGAAUCUUCCCUCUCAACCCAGAAAAUUCCGGUUCUGCUCUGCUCUUCUUCCUUGUCCGCCGGCUGCUGUGGGUUUGAAUUUCUGGGCAUUUUUCGGUUUCCGUGAGUUUCCCGCAGCUUGCCGCCGGCUUCUUCUUCCCCUGCUAGCUCCGGUUCUUGCUGGAAAAUUCUGGUAUGAUGGCCACUUCUUUAAGCCCUAAAUUAGCCAUUUAAUUGCUGCUUUGUGUGUGUCCGAAUUGUGCCGGAAAUGGGGAGGAAUUCCGGUAGUAUUUUAAAUGUGUUUUAAGCUUGAUUAUGUAGAAUUUAGCUUGAAUUAGCUGCUGUGAUGUUUUGUGUGAGAAAUCCCGGGUGUGAGUGUGGUUUUUGCCGAGCCAUUUUCUCCAUUUUUCUAUUCCGGGAGUUGGUAGCUUAAGUGGGUUUUUGUUUAAUUUAAGUGGAAAUUAGCUUGAAUUGGGUUGUUGUGAUUUUGGAGUGAAAUCCCGUGCAUUAGCUAUGUUUUGCCAAUUUUUGGAAGUUGAAGUUACUGUUCACGUGAUUGAUGAAUUGUGAUUUUUCUGUUAACUUCUGCCUGUUUUGUCUCCGAUGUAGUCAUGUUUCUGUAACCCUGCUAGUGGGGGUUAAACGCUAGCACAUGUCGGCACAUGUCAAUAUGUUAGUGAUAGAACCGGUUCAUUCAAGUGACCCUGCUAGUGGGGAUUAUACACCAGCAAAUAGUGACCCUGCUAGUGGGGGUUAUACACCAGCAAAUAGUGACCCUGCUAGUGGGGAUUAUAUACUAGUAAAUCGUGUGCCUGUCAAUGGGAGGUUUAUAAUAUUGGCCGUGACCUAUAGAGGAGACGUCUAUUUCAUUCUCGUACUUGUAUCCGUUUUUCUGAUUACACUUGUUGGCAUGCUAUACGUUUAAUUAAGGGCAAUCCAUAUUUUACUUACUGAGUUAUCUUAUAGUUUUCCUUUUCUACAAUUUCAGGAAGUGAAACCGAGGACGGAGAAACCACGAGAAGUGACGAGUUAAAAAGCUAGCCAUUUCGCGAUUGAUAUAGAUUUUAGAAAUAAAUCAUGAUCUUGUAAGCUAUAGUGUAUUUGGAGAUUUUAUGAUAUUAGAGAAUUUUUAAAGAUUUGAUCUUCAGAUUUUAAUGGUAUCAAAUCGUGGUAUAAUAAGUUCCGAGCCUUGUGCAUUUGUGGGAUCCUUUCACGAGUGCACGGUGUCUGUCGCGUCUCGAAUUCGGGUUUUGGGGCGUGACAUUAAUUCUA